AUGGAAAACCUCACGCCAGAACAAUGGCGCGAGAUCGUGAACAAGAAGUUUUGCUUCCCUCCGGAGCUUCUCGGGGCCAUCCGAGAGGGCAACGUGAACACGGUCUGUUCGCUGCUGAGGACGGGUGACGGCAUCAUCCGCCAGCUGGACGACUCUGAGGACAGGCUCUGGAGAGAAGCGCUGAACUUGUCCAUCCGACUGGGCAAUGAGGACACCAUGGACACCCUUCUCAAAGGGGUCAAGUUUGACUUCCGGAAGAUCCACGAAGCUCUUCUGGUGGCUGUGGACACCAACCAGCCUCGUGUGGUCAAGCGCCUCCUGGACCAGCUUGAUCUGGAGAAGGGAAACAAGAUGGAUGUGCGCUCAUUCUCAAUGGCCAUUUUUGACCACUCCAUUGAUGACUCCCAGUUUGCCCCUGGAGUGACACCAUUGACACUGGCCUGUCAGAAGGAUCUGUAUGACAUUGUGACAAUGCUCAAUCAGAAAGGUCACGAAAUUCCUUGGCCGCAUAAAAUCUCAUGCAUAUGUCUGGAGUGCACAAAUGGACGGCAAUAUGAUUUGCUCAAGUUCUCGCUGUCUCGUAUCAACACCUACCGAGGUAUUGCCAGCCGUGCUUACCUGUCCAUCACCGCAGAUGAUGCCAUGCUCAGUGCCUUUCGACUCAGCCGGGAUCUCCGCAAGCUGUCAAAAAAGGAACCUGAGUUUAAGCCUCAGUAUCUUGCCCUGGAGCAGCUGUGCCAGGAGUUUGCUGUGGAGCUGCUUGGAAUGUGCCGGAACCAAAGUGAGGUCACCACCAUCCUGAACAGCCUUGGGGAUCAGGAUGAGGACAGCGAGGAUGAGUUGGACCAGCAGGCGUUUGAGGAGGGCAUUCCAAACCUGGCUCGCUUAAGGCUUGCCGUCAACUAUAAUCAAAAACAAUUUGUAGCGCACCCGAUCUGCCAGCAGGUGCUCUCCUCGAUCUGGUGUGGGAACCUAUCAGGCUGGAGGGGCAGCAGAACAGCCUGGAAGCUCCUGGUGUCUUUUGGGAUCUUCCUGACCAUGCCCAUCCUUUGCCUCAUCUACUGGCUCGCACCAAAGUCAAAGUUGGGGAAGACUUUGAAGAUCCCAGUGAUUAAAUUCCUUCUCCAUUCGGCAUCAUAUAUGUGGUUCCUGAUCACGCUUCUGGGGGAAUCUAUUGCCAUGGAGGUGUACCGGGACAGCUUUGCCUCUCGUGAGCAGACCAUCCUGCACAACUCCUUCCACAUGGUCUGGGUGGUUGGUAGGUCUCAAGAACCACGUCAAAAAUGGUUAUGA